AUAUCAAGAAAAAUCUUCAUCAUAAAUAUUUCCCAUUCUGUAUCUUCAUCAUAUAUACAUAUAGUUUUGGUUUUGUUUUGUGUAGUUAUUAGUGGUAUGGAUAGUGGGGAAGAAGGUGUAGAGAAAAAAUGGGGUACUGGUUUUGUGGAAGAGGUAAAAAAAGAAAGCUUGAUAGCAGCUCCAAUGGUGGCAGUUUCAGUGUUGCAGUAUUUGCUUCAAGUUGCAUCAGUGGUAAUGGUUGGUCAUCUUGGCCAGCUUCAACUUUCUAGUGUUGCCAUCGCCACUUCUCUUACUAAUGUUCUAGGAUUUAGUCUUCUUUCUGGAAUGGCAGGUGGAGUAGAAACUCUAUGUGGUCAAGCUUAUGGAGCUCAACAGUAUCAAAAGCUUGGAAUUUAUACAUACUCUGCCAUCAUCUCUCUACUCAUGGUUUGCCCUCCAAUAUGCCUUCUCUGGAUUUUCAUGGACAAAUGGCUCUCUCUCAUUGGUCAAGACCCUGCAAUCUCACAUCAGGCUUGUCAAUAUUCAAUCUGCCUAAUUCCUGCAUUGUUCGGCAGUGCAAUUCUGAAGCCUUUAACUCGUUUUCUUCAGACACAAAGUGUUAUCUUUCCGAUGCUUUUGAGCUCUUUUUUGGUUCUGAUUUUCCAUACUAUUACUUGUUGGAGCUUUGUUUAUAAGUUAGAAUUCGGGUUUAAGGGUCCGGCUUUAGCCUUCAGUUUAUCAAUUUGGUUGAAUGUAGCUCUACUUGGCGUUUAUGUGAAGUACUCUUCAGUCUGCGAAAAAACUCGGUCGCCAUUGUCGAAGGAUGCAUUUUAUGGUAUCGGUGAAUUUUUCCGCCUUGCUGUUCCAUCCGCCGUAAUGGUUUGUCUUAAAUGGUGGUCGAUGGAGUUGCUAAUUUUGCUUUCUGGCCUAUUACCAAAUCCAAAAUUGGAGACUUCUGUGCUCUCUAUAUGCCUUACAAUCUCAACUUUGCACUUCACCGUACCAUAUGGAUUUGGAGCUGCAGCAAGUACUCGAGUAUCGAAUGAACUGGGCGCUGGUAAUCCACAAUCGGCUAGAUUGGCUGUUGUGGUAGCAAUGUGCCUUGCCGGAGCAGAGGCGAUCAUUGUAAGCAUCGCAAUCUUCUUUAGUCGGCACAUUUUGGGGUAUGCUUAUAGCAAUGAGAAGCAAGUCGUGAGUUAUGUCGGAAGCAUGGCUCCUCUGAUUUGUCUUUCGAUUAUCAUGGACAGUUUACAAGCAGUUCUUUCUGGUGUUGCUAGAGGGUGUGGAUGGCAGCGUAUAGGAGCGUAUGUAAAUAUUGGUGCAUUUUACGUAGUUGGGCUACCAAUAAGUGUGGUGCUUGGUUUUGUAGUCAAUUUAGGAGGAAAAGGGUUUUGGAUUGGAAUAAUAGUUGGCUCAUUGAUCCAAUCCACUCUGCUUUCUCUUAUUACAGCCUCCACUAAUUGGAAAAAACAGGUAAGCAAGGCAAGGGAGAGGAUAUUUCACAUAUCUAUAGACAAUGAAGACAAAUAAAUUACUAAUUGUAUGGUACAAUUGUGUACAUCUUGGAAAAAUAAAAAAU